CCCAGGAUCACCGCCCACGAGUCCUUGCUUCUGCUGCUCCUGCCCGGCGUGACCGACCAUGACCACCGUGGGCAACGUGGACACCCUUCCCGAGCAUGAGAAGAGUCAGCUCAAGAGGGCUCUGGAGCUGGGCACCGUCAUGACCGUGUUUAGUUUCCGCAAGUGCACCCCCGAGCGGAGGACCGUGCAGGUGAUCAUGGAGACGCGGCAAGUGGCAUGGAGUAAGACGGCGGACAAGAUGGAAGGCUUCUUGGACAUCAUGGAGAUAAAGGAGAUCCGCCCGGGGAAGAACUCCAAGGAUUUUGAGCGUGCGAAAGCUGUGCGCCACAAGGAGGAUUGCUGCUUCACCAUUCUGUACGGCACGCAGUUCGUCCUCAGCACGCUCAGCUUGGCAACCGACUCCAGGGAGGAAGCGGUGAAGUGGCUGUCUGGCCUGAAGAUCCUCCACCAAGAAGCGCUGAGCGCCUCCACCCCAAGCAUGAUCGAGAGUUGGCUGAGAAAACAGAUUUAUUCUGUGGAUCAAACCAGAAGAAACAGCAUUGGCCUCCGAGAGAUGAAGGCCAUUCUGCCCACAGUGAACUUCAAGGUGAACAGCGUGAAACUCCUCAAGGACAAGUUCAUGGAAAUCAGCGCCCACAAAGACGAGCUCAGCUUUGAACAGCUGCAUCUCUUCUACAAAAAGCUGAUGUUCGAGCAGCAGAAAUCGAUACUUGAUGAAUUCAAGAAGGAUUCCUCCGUGUUCAUUCUGGGGAACACGGACCGGCUGGAGGCUUCUGUGGUGUACCUGCAGGACUUCCAGAGGUUCCUCCUGCACGAGCAGCAGGAGCCCUGGGCUCAGGAUAUAAACAAAGUCCGGGAGCGGAUGACCAGGUUCAUCGAUGACACCGUCAGAGAGACUGUGGAGCCCUUCCUGUUUGUGGAUGAGUUCCUCACCUACCUGUUCUCCCGGGAGAACAGCAUCUGGGACGACAAGUACGACACGGUGGACAUGCAGGACAUGAACAACCCCCUGUCCCAUUACUGGAUCUCCUCCUCCCACAACACGUACCUCACCGGGGACCAGCUCCGCAGCGAGUCGUCCACCGAGGCCUACGUGCGCUGCCUGCGUCUGGGCUGCCGCUGCAUCGAGCUGGACUGCUGGGACGGGCCCGACGGGAAGCCCAUCAUCUACCACGGCUGGACCAGGACCACCAAGAUCAAGUUCGAGGACGUUGUGCAGGCCAUCAGGGACCACGCCUUUGUGGCGUCCAGCUUCCCGGUGAUCCUGUCCAUUGAGGAGCACUGCAGCGUGGAGCAGCAGCGCCACAUGGCCAAGGUCUUCAAGGAGGUGCUGGGCGACCUGCUGCUGACCCGGCCCACGGAGGUCAGUGCUGACCAGCUGCCCUCACCCAGCCAGCUGCGGGAGAAGAUCAUCAUCAAGCAUAAGAAGCUGGGUCCCCGAGGGGACGUCGAUGUCAAUGUGGAGGACAAGAAGGACGAGCACCGACAGCAGGGGGAGCUGUCCAUGUGGGACUCCAUUGACCAGAAGUGGACUCGCCACUACUGUGCCAUCGCCGACGCCAAACUGUCCUUCAGCGACGACAUCGAGCAGAGCGUGGAGGAGGAGCCACCCCAGGUACGUCACUGGCCGGGUCUCCGCCGGCUCUGCCGGCCCCAG